AUGGACAUCAAAUGGCACCCUCCUCCUGGUGCUAAGAAGAUUGGGGAGUCGACAAUCACAAUAGCUGAAGGCAUUGCCUUGCGAGAUGACCUAGUUCAUGCUCUUGACCAUGGUUGGCGAAAUCUGAUUGUAGAAGGGGACUCCAAAUUGAUAAUUGAUUGUGUCCUAAGGAAGGUUUCAAUUCCUUGGAGAGUUGCAUAUGCAUUAGCGGGACCUCCUCUUGUAUUUGGGAGCAUGAUCUCCCCUUAUUAG